AUGCUAGCCGCCGUGCUGCUAUUCAUGCUGUCCGCAUGUGUCGACCUCUCGCGCCAGUCCCCGGUGCGACGAGAUGCCCGAUCCCCCAAGACAUACGCCCCCAACAACAGUAGUCGCAGCAGCCGCCGGCUCUCGUUUAACCAAGACGGCACGUUCCAGAUAUCCAUAUUUGAGGACUUGCACUUUGGAGAAAACGCAUGGGACCAAUGGGGCCCCCAGCAGGACAUCAACUCGGUCAAGGUCAUGGACGCGGUGCUCGACAGCGAGAGGCCCGACCUGGUGGUGCUCAACGGCGACCUCAUCACGGGCGAGAACACGUACCUCGAGAACAGCACCGCGUACAUGGACCAGAUCGCCGGCCCGCUCGUCGCGCGCGGCCUGCCGUGGGCGUCGACGUACGGCAACCACGACCACAACUUCAACAUCUCGGGCGCCGGCCUCCUCGCGCGCGAGCGGCGCUGGCCCAACUCGCUGACCCGGAGCAUGGUGGCCGGCCGCGACGCCGGCGUCACCAACUACUACCUGCCCGUGUACGCGGCCGACUGCGCGCCGGGCGACGACGACUGCGCGCCCGAGCUGCUGCUCUGGUUCUUCGACUCGCGCGGCGGCUUCUACUUCCGCGAGCGCGGCCCCGACGGCCGCCAGGUCGGGCAGCCCGACUGGGUCGACGCCAGCGUGGUGCGGUGGUUCGAGGCGAGGCUGGACGAGCCCUUCAUGAGGGCCGUCGCCGCCACCCCGGGCCUCAUCGGCCUCUUCUCCGGCCACGACCACGGCGCCACCUGGUGCUACAAAUGGGACCGCCUCGUGCCCGGCAUGACCGUCGCCGGCACCGGCCUCAACCUCUGCUUCGGCCAGCACUCGGGCUACGGCGGCUACGGCAACUGGAUCCGCGGCGCGAGGCAGCUUCGCCUGUCCGCCGACGCCCUGCGCCGCCGCCGCUGGGAGGCCGACACCUGGAUCCGCACCGAAAAGGGCGGCGUCGUCGGCCGCGUCAGUCUCAACGCCACCUAUGGCAAGGACUGGUACCCGGCCACGCCCAACGAAAAGACAUACUGUCCUACGUGUAACUAUACCGUCAUCACGCCGGGGCCGAGGAGACGCUGA